UGCGUCUGUUACUCGGUUCGAAUAACCCGCGUCGAUCGUCUGUCCGCGCGUUACCGGCUUAACGUUUUUCGUUAGGUACUUUUCGCUGUUAUCUGGUGGAUUUUCCAUUUGAGGAUUUUGUGGAAGUGGAGAGCGCGAUUUGGAUUUGCCCCUCAACGUCACUGCCACCAUUUUUUUUUUCACGGAUGGUUUUUGAUGGUUUCGCUUUUUUUGUCACCAGCUGCUUUGGAAUUUUUUGGGCCUGAUUUUUUUUCAAUGGUGAAAUACUGAUGAUUUUGGAGAAUUAGGAUGAGCGACUUAGUGGAAUAUAUGGUGGGAAUAUUGACGGAGAGUUUUGUCGAGUGAUUCGGUUAUCGGUGAUUGUGAGAUAUUCGAUUUGAGGAAAAGAGGGGAUUGUUAAUAUAAAAACGAGUGUGGAAGAUUUGAGGUCGUGGGUAUAGGUGAUGUUGCUGGAGUCGCGAGGUAUCACUGGAAGGAAGAGAAACGGUCUGACCCUGACGACAUACGGGGGUGGAGGUGGUGGAAUUGUCGGCGGCGGAGGAGCCGGCAGUGAGGAAGACGACGAGGAAACGUCACGUGGAUAUUUGGAUGAUAAAAUGCCGAGAUGCGGUGUGGAUACAGAAUCGUCUGGUGUUACUGUGGGGACUGGUAUAUCCGGCUGUGGAAGAGACGACGGAGAUGAGAGCUCCAGUCCAUCCCCCAAUAAUAGUCUGCUUAAUAAUUUAAACAAUAAUAACUGCAAUUCGAAUAGGGCGUGCGCCACGGAUUUUAGUAUAGCUGCUAUAAUGGCGAGGGAUUCUCGUCAGCAGCAGCAGCAGUUACAGCAGAAUCAGCAUGAGCCCCAGCAGCAUCACAGGCACCUGCAGCAGGCCGUCGGCGGCGGUAAACUACAUCAGCAUGAGAGGGAGGCAAGUGGCUCUGGUGUGACGAGAGUGCCGUCGGCUUCUCAGGAUUCCGUAGACAUUGAUGAUGAUGUUGAGACUGAUGACACUGGUAGUACCAGUGGCAAAGCACCUUCACCAACGACAAAUCCCCAGCUCCAGGAGCACUCCAAUUGCGAGGAGCUCAGGCACGUGGUUUGUCACCUCGAGACGAAGGACCUAUGGGAUAAGUUUAAUGAACUCGGUACCGAGAUGAUCAUCACGAAAACUGGACGGAGAAUGUUUCCAACCUGCCGGGUAUCAUUUAACGGACUGAGACCUGAUGGUCGAUACGCCGUCCUGAUGGACAUUGUCCCGGUGGAUAAAAAACGCUACCGCUACGCCUACCACAGGAGUUCGUGGCUGGUUGCUGGCAAGGCUGAUCCACCAGCUCCAGCAAGACUCUACGUUCACCCAGACUCGCCGUUCACAGGGGAGCAGCUGCGGAAGCAAAUCGUCUCCUUCGAGAAGGUGAAGCUGACGAACAACGAGAUGGAUCGACACGGACACCUGGUACUGAACUCAAUGCACAAGUACCAACCACGCAUACAUCUGGUUAAAAGACCGGACUCAGGCGCCAAGGACCCGAUCGAGGAUCUUGAGCGUGAGCCUCACAAGACCUUCGUAUUCCCGGAGGCCAUUUUCACCGCCGUCACCGCCUAUCAGAAUCAGCUUAUAACGAAACUCAAGAUCGACAGUAAUCCCUUUGCCAAGGGCUUCAGGGACUCCUCAAGGCUCACGGAUUUUGAAAGUUAUCCUUUCAGGGAGACAAUGGAGUCGAUGUUGGCGGAGCAGCAGUCGAUGAGGUUUCCUCACCGAUUUCCCUUCGAGAUGGAUCAGCUGCAGGGUGCAGCGAGCAAUCUGAGCCUAGAAGAGAAGGCCCUGUGGGCAGCGAGAUCUCAAAUUCUGUUGCGUGCAGCAGCAGCAGCAGCAGUCGGCCCUUACGCCCAGUUAGUCAGUCCUGCCCUGGUGUAUCCAGGAGGGCCUUCAGCAGGUACGAGUCACCAGCAGCAUCAGCAGCAACAAGCGCAACAGCAGCAGCAGCAACAACAAUUGGGCCAUCUGUGGUGGGCAUCAUCCCUGGGGCCAACCCUCUUUGCAGCAGCCCAUCACCAGCAGCAACUGGCUGCCUCUAGCUCUCAGCAGAGUCCACCAGGACCAGCAGCACCACGACCGAUCUAUCCAUCUGCUCUAGCUCUAUCACAUCACAGAUUCUCCCCUUAUCCAACAAUGGCUGGAAGAAAACCAGUUGUACCAGCCGUACCAUCGCCCCCAUCAUCAUCGAGACGCGCCACACCAUCGCCCACCGACAGCCUCUACCGUGAAGCCCAGGACCUGUCGCCGUCGUAGUCGUCGACAAUUGAGUAUUUUUUACCGUACAUUCCUCUGAGGAAUUUCACGGAGUGCCCGAGACGUCAGAAUUGAAUACUGAGUACUCUCGCAUCUCCAUGUAUCAUAAGCUGUACAUUUCUUUAAUUAUUAACGACCAUAUCGAACUAUUGUUAUUCGUUAUUUAUGUUCUUUUUAUUUCGCGACUGCUGCAGAUUUGUUAAAUUAUCAAUUCAGGGAUGUAACCGAGAGUGAUGGGACGAUUGUUUAGUUGAAUGGUGUUUUAACUCCAAGCGUACUCGGUAAAUUUUUGUCAUUAAGAAUGAAACUGAUUAUUACAACUAUGAAGAGGAAUAGUGCUAGAGUAAAAACGUUAUUAUACAUAUUGUUAAAAUGAAAAUGAGAAUGAUAAAGAUGCUUGUGUUUUGAGGAAAAUGCAUUGUAUCCAUUCAAUGACUGGGCAAGCUGUUCCCCUUGUAAAUAAA